GAAUUAUUGGUUCAAAUGUUUGUCCAAUUAUCAAGGUCGCAAUGUCAAUAGGGGGAUUUGAGUGUAAACUGUAUUCAUGCUUUAUGCUCGAAGCCUAUGUACAAGUUUAGCCUGCGUUCUGAAAAACAUGAAUAAACGCGAAAGAAAGAAUGCUAAAAAGGCUGCAGCUAAAGUUAUAUUGACUAAGAAACGACAAGAGAAGAAACGAUUAGCGACGGACUUUGUGCAUUACGAAAAUUCUAGCAUCAGUGACUACUACAUUGAUGGGAUAUUCAGAAAGGUCUUCCCCUAUCAUUUCGUCUUCAAAGCUUAUGCAAAGGACAGGUGGAUUAAUCGUAAGCUUCGUGAUGUCCUGCAGUCUGAAUUUAAUAAUAAUUCUGAUGAAGUAAUCGCACAGAAAUGUGAAUCAGGUGAAAUCCUGGUAAAUAAUGCGAAAGUUGACCCUGACUAUGUUAUAAAUGACAGUGAUCUCCUUUCUCAAAAGGUUCAUCGCCAUGAGUGUCCUGUACUAAAUCUUCCCAUCGAGUUUGUACACGACUCAGACGAUAUUUUAGUGGUCAAUAAACCUCCCUCCAUACCUAUUCAUCCUUGUGGCCAGUACACGCUUAACAGCAUCACACACAUUUUGGCCAAGGAUUAUGGUCUUCGUCCUCUACGAUUUACCCACCGCCUUGAUAGAAUGACUUCUGGAUUACUUUUAAUCGCCAAGGACUACGACACAUCUGUACGUCUGCAAUCACAAAUUAGUAGUAAGGAGGUUGCAAAAUAUUAUAUAUGUCACGUCGAAGGCUGUUUCCCAACCGAACCAAUCAAUCAAUGUACUGGCUUUGAGAUAAACAAUGGAGUAGUGGUUUGUAGCCAACCUGUCGGACCUAUCAGUCGUAGAAUGGGUGUACAUGGCGUUGUACCAGAAUCAGCUGGUGGGAAGUUCGCUCGGACACAUUUCUUACGCUUAAACUACAAUCCUGUCACGAAUACAAGUCUAGUCAUAUGUCGUCUAUUCACUGGGCGUACACAUCAAAUCCGAGUACAUGUGCAGUACUUAGGUUAUCCGAUUGUUGAUGAUCCCCUAUACAAUUCAGCUGAUUGGGGUGAAUUAAAAGGGAAAGGUGCUAAUUAUGGAAUGACUCUGGAAGAAGUUGUCCAAAGAUUGAGUGAUUCUCGUAACAGGGAAAAAUACAGAAUCCAAGAGACCGAUGAAAAGUUGGAAAGUUCUCUUGAUCCAAAUGUAUUAGAGCGUCUGCAAUUGUGUAAAGAUCCCUUAUGCCCUGAUUGCAAGCUUACUUUCAAGGAUCCAGAAAUGAAUAACUUAAUACUACGACUGCACGCUUAUCGUUAUAGUGGAUCUGAUUGGUGCUAUUCUGCACCUUUACCCAGUUGGGUUAUAAAUGAGAAUGUACCAGACUUGCAUGGUGCAAUAGAAGAGGCAAUGAAACAGUUAUAAAUAUUUGUGGGUAUAUUAGUUUUUCUCCAUGUUUGUUUGGUUUGUUCUCUAUCAUUUGAAAUAUUCAUGCGUACCAUAUAUCAGUCAGUCAGUUACAGCGUAUGACCAGGUACAUAUAUGUGCAUCGGUCCAAGUUGCCACACCUCAUUAGCACAACAAGAUAAACACCAAAUUCAUAGUAGUUACUUUAAUGGUAAUAAUAUAUAAAAGAAAGAUUGCAUAUCAGGACAUAGCGCAGGACGAAAGAAUUAGUUCGUAGAAAGGAAAAUAUAAAGUAAUUUUAAUCUCAUAGUUUAAGGAAAGACAGAGUGUAUAGACCUAAACGAUGUCACCCAGAGUCUCCAACCAUUGAUUACGAUAGCUACGCGGACCCCAACCAAGUAGUCUGCAUCUACCAACAUGGCUAAGACUAGAAGUUAGUGACUUCAAGCACUGAUGCCAAAUUUUAGUUUGGCCACCCCAAACUUUCUUCCAAUCAUCCACAACACUCGUCAACAUUGUGCGUCGUAAUCGGUGUUCAGGCAUACGUAACACGUGUCCCAACCAUCUUAGCCAGUGAAGAUUUACAACCUCAUCAACAGAUAUGCCAUUAUUCCCUAAUACCCUGCGCGUCUAACCUCACUAUUACUUAUCCGGUGAUCCCAGCAGAUGAGAGCAAUAUUUCUAAGGCAUCUGUGGUAAAAUACUAGUAGCUUACGAGUAUUUUCUACUCUUAAUGGCCACGUUUCUCAGCCGUAAUAUAGAACAUAGCGAACUACUGCACAGUAUACUCGUCCCUUAAUUGAGAUACGGAUAUCUCGCCUUCGCCAUAGGUGACGUACGUUGGCAAAAGCCAAACGACCUUUUCGAAUUCGUGCUGAGAUUUCGUCAGACACCAACUCAUUAGGGCUGAUCAGACUUCCAAAAUAAGUGUUAUAUUUCUCUCUUACGGUUACGAUCCAGCUAUUCCUGGACACUAAAUCACUCGACAAUUCCCGAAAUCAGAACACGGUUGAACAGGAAAAAGAUUAUAUUCCAAAUAACAAGGUUAGAUGGAGGCAAGAAGCACAUUAGGGAAAACGUUAGUAUAUUUAUAUUACUUACAUGAGAAGAUUCUAGAGUAUUCUCCAAGUAUCGACUAGUGCUGAUUGAAUAAGAAUUAACCAAUCAGCGUGCACCAAAGCAACCGUGCAUUGAGUAUGCAUCGACUAUCCCAAUUUUGAUUGGCUUUUCAAGACCGCCGGCAUAUUGUAGUAUUACCAUACGUCUUAAUGUUGCGCCAACCAGAACAAACCAUUCACAGGUUUUCUCAUAGAGAUAUCAUAUUUGAUUAAAAAUGUUAAUCAUGACUUACCAUAUUGUCUUCCAUUAUCCAUGAAACUUAUUGAAGGACAGAAGAACAGCUUGCGGAAAAUGACGGCAAUCAAUUCAAGUAUAAUUGCUACGUUUAUUUUAUACUUCUUCCCCUUUAUUUUUGAUCCCACAAUCCUACAUCCUUCUAAUCUUGAAUCCUUAUGUUAACUCACGUUAUUCACUUAGACUAUAUAACUAUCUAUUUAAAUAGUGAUAAAAAAUAAAUAAAAAGGUAUAUGACAGU